AUGUCUUCGAAAAGUACAAAAACUUUAUUUUUCCGGAAAACUAAUAAAUACAAUUGGGAUUUUCGAGAAAAUGAAGCUUUUUGAGGGGUGGGGGGCAAAAAAUAUUGGAAAAGUAAUCAAUAAAAUAAUUUGUGCUUUACACAGUUUUUUGUGUCAAAACGAAAAGCCUUCAAACUUUACAACACACGGGGUGCACAGUUUAAAAUUUUGUAUGAACUUUUUCGGAAUUGAAGGGGGUUAUCUUUUGAAAAAGUAUCAAUUUUACAGCUGGAAAAUAUGUAUGUGCAAAUCUACAUUUCAUGUUUUCCAAAGGCAUCUGUGAGACUUCAUCCGUCUUGUUCAUGCUCCUUUUUUCAUUAUUUUUCCAUGUAGACUCCAAGACAGUUAUUUCCUUCUCUUCUUAUUGCACACGGUUCUUCUUUGCUGCACCAAAAUAAUUACGUUCAAAAUAAUUAGUUUGCCGCUGCUGUUGUGUGUGCUUACACCAAAUUCUACGCACAAAUGCACUGUUUGGUCGAGGAUCGCUGCCGGAAAAACCAUUCCUCGGAAAUAAUUAAUUAAUUGGUCAGAGACAUCAAAAGUGAGUUUUUUUUUAUUUUUACAGAGAAAAAGGAAUAUUUUUCUUUGUUUAUCAAUCGAUAAUAAUUGUGUAUUUGCGAGAAUUGAUUGGGAAUUGUUUAUUUUUUAAAAAGUGAUCAUUGAAAAUAUUAUUUAACAAUACAAAACAUUAAACUUUCAUUCAGAUGGCGAAUCCAGCUCGAGAUGGUUAUCAAGAAUUCGACAACGAGCCCGAGAAUCCAGGAGAAAAUGAAGGUCAUUCACGUCGAGUUGUUGAAGAAGACACUUCAUUAUUUCAUGAUAGAACUGUCACCGAAAAUUCGCUAACUCCUGAACAAGCUUUUAUUCACAUGGUGAAGGCAAUGUUGGGAACUGGAUUGCUCUCAUUACCUCUCGCUUUCAAACAUUCUGGUCUUUUUGUGAGUUUUUUUUUUGAAAAAUUUGUUCAAAAUUGAUGCGUUUAGCUCGGUCUACUUCUCACAGUUAUCAUUUGCUUGAUUUGCUUAUAUUGUAUGCGUCAGGUUGUUUUUGCUGCACAUUUCGUUUGUAACAGGUAUAAUUUAGUAUAAUUUUCCCACAAAAUAUAUCAGAAGGUUACAGAAAUGGUCGAGAUUUGAUUGACUAUGCUAACAUCAUGCGCGGAGCUGUUGAAAUGGGCCCACCUUGGAUCAAAAGACAUGGAUAUUUUUUCAAACAACUCGUCAAUGUGAAUAUGUUCAUUUCUCAACUCGGAUUUUGUUGUGUAUAUUUUGUAUUCAUGGCUGACAAUUUAGAAGAUGUAUGUUUUAUUUUUUUUUUGAAAAUUUCAUAACUAAAAUAUAAUUUUUUCCAGUUCUUCAAUAAUAACACAAAUAUCCACCUUUCAAAAGCAGUUUGGAUGUUAAUUCUUCUAAUUCCAAUGUUAUCAAUUUGUUCAAUCCGUCGACUUUCAAUUCUAGCUCCAUUUGCAAUGGCAGCCAAUUUUGUCUAUGUUGUUGCUGUUGCCAUUGUCCUAUUUUUCUUCCUUUCAAAUCUCAAACCAGUUUCAUCAUUACCUUGGUUUGGAAAACUAACAGAUCUUCCAUUAUUUUUCGGAACUGUUAUGUUUGCUUUCGAAGGUGUUGCUGUAAUUAUGCCAAUUGAGAAUCGAAUGAGUUCCCCGCACUCAUUUAUUGCUUGGAAUGGUGUUCUCAAUUCAUCGUGCCUUGUGGUUCUCGCUAUCUUUUCCGUGACUGGUUUUUAUGGAUAUUUGGCUCUUGGUGACGCGGUGAAAGAUACAGCAACUCUUAAUUUACCAAUGACUCCGUAAGUUUACUUUGAAAUAGUAAACUUUUGAACUUAAUUCAUUUUUUUAAAAUAGAUUCUACCAAGCAAUCAAAUUGAUGUUUGUUGGAUGUAUUAUGAUUUCGUAUCCUCUUCAAUUUUAUGUUCCUAUGGAGCGAAUCGAAAAAUGGAUCACAAGAAAAGUGAGAACACAAAUUACGAGCUAUGACGUGGCAAAACUAAUAUUUUUUCUCAGAUUCCUGUUCACAAACAAACUGCCUACAUCUACGGAAGUCGAUAUUUCGGAGUUCUUCUAACUUGUGCAAUCGCCGAACUCAUUCCACAUCUCGCCUUAUUCAUUUCAUUGAUCGGAGCGUUUUCAGGAGCAUCGAUGGCGCUGUUAUUCCCACCGUGCAUUGAACUUUUGGUGAGUUGAACAUUGUUAUUUUGGUUAUCUAUAAAAACUAUAAUUUGCAGACUGCCUACUCGAAAAACGAGCUCAACAAUAAAUUAUGGAUCAAAAACAUCUGCCUUCUGUCAUUUGCUGUGAUCGGAUUCACAACUGGAACAUAUUCUGCAUUGGUUGAAAUUGUCAAAACAUUCAAUUAA